UUAAGGUGCGGCCACUUUCUGCAUGAAUAAAAACAGGAGAACAAAAUCAACAGCACAGCCCCUUUUUUAUUCAUCAACAACGGAUUAUCAAAUGAGCAAAUUCUUCAUCUUCACACUUCUUCUCUGCUUCUUAACCGAUCCGAUUCUCUCAAUCGUCCAGCUCAGUUCCAUCUCCACUUCGUUCCCGGACACUCCCGCCAGAUUCACUGCAGGUCUGAACGGUAGCGCAAUCUGCGGCGGCUUGUGGGUGGCUGAGCCACUCGACGCCUGCUCGCCGCUGCUCGAUGAAGUCGAAGACGGCCGUGAUGAGAAUGCGAAUAUUGUUCUGAUUGUGAGGGGAAAUUGCGCGUUUGACGAGAAGAUCAGAAAUGCGCAGGAAGCUGGGUUCCACGCCGCCAUCAUAUACGAUGAUAAGCUCAACCACAACCUCAUCUCAAUGAUGGGAAACCAUGAAGGACUGUGGAUAUAUGCUGUAUUUGUGUCGAACACAGCAGGGGAGACCCUCAGAGAGAAUGCUCGAGGAGUGGGAGGCGAAUGCUGCAUCAUCUCACUUGUUGAUGAAACUGCCUGGACGGUGCUGGUUAUAUCGUUUAUUUCAGUCCUUGCUGUAAUCUGUCUCCUGGUUUCAAUCUGCUUCACGAUCAAUCAGUGGAGGAAUCAUCAAGAGACUCGAACUACUGCUGCCGAUGAUAGUGUUGUGGAUAUGCUCCCUAGAAUAACAUUUGGCUCCGUGAAUCUAUCCGCCCCCAUAGGAGAGACAUGUACAAUCUGUCUCGAGGACUACAAACAUGGGGAAAGCCUGAAAAUUCUUCCUUGCCGGCAUGGUUUCCACUCGAGUUGUGUAGGUUCAUGGUUGACGAAGUGUGCCGCAUUCUGUCCAGUCUGUAAGCAUGACCUGUCAGGCAACAAUGGUCUUAAAAGUGCACGGAGGACGUACUGGUUUUCUUCUCGAGUCAAGAUCAUCACGAGAAAACUUGAUAUACUAAAAGAUUGAUAUAAGCAGAGCAGGGGAACUGUUUAGAUAGAACUACUGCAUGAAGGAGCAAAUGCCCAUUGCUGCGAGCGGUGGGAUUGUGUUUUGGAAACAACUAAGCAACAAUGGAUGUUUUGAUUCUUUUCUUUUUUUUCUUUUUUUUCUUUUUUUUCUUUUUUUUCUUUUCUGACUAUAUGAUGGGAUGUUUAAGACAGAAAAAAUAUUUGUUGUACAAAGUAGUCACUUUCGUAAUUUGUAUCUCCUUUUCUUGUGCUUUAGUCUGUAGUCAUUAAAAAUUUAUGCUCUGUUCAUACUCCCGAGUAUAGAGAAAGUAGGGAAGGGGAAACUUCUAGUAUGUAAUUAUUGUUAUUUUAGAAACGAUACAGUAUCUUA